GACUAGUUUUCGUCACAUCGUCGUUUUCUAUUGAUUUGUGCAUUGGUCUCGUUUCCUUCAACAUAGUUUUUGUGAAAAACAUCUGAAAUGGCGAGCCAAACGCAGGGGAUCCAGCAAUUAUUAGCUGCUGAAAAGCGUGCAGCAGAAAAAGUCUCAGAGGCGAGGAAGCGAAAAGCUAAACGCCUAAAGCAAGCCAAGGAUGAGGCACAAGAUGAAGUGGAAAAGUACAGACAAGAAAGAGAGAGGCAGUUCAAAGAAUUUGAAGCCAAGCAUUUGGGCACACGAGAAGGUGUGGCUGCUAAGAUUGACGCAGAGACAAAGGUUAGGAUUGAAGAGAUGAAUAAACUUGUCAAGAAACAAGAGGAGGCGGUGAUCAGAGACAUCCUCGACCUGGUGUAUGAUAUCAAACCGGAACUGCAUGUCAACUACCGCUUAGAAUAAGCGAAGCCCCUGCUCGAGUAAUCUUACCACAUUUAUAGUCCUUAUACUUGCUAUUUUUAAUGUAUGGCCGUUUGUAAUUGGCAACAGUUUAGACUUGCGGACAUCAAUGUGACCGCUUGGACACCAGAGUGUUACCAGGGCCUGCUCGCUGUACAUACCUAGCUUGUUGUUCUAAAUGUUUAAUCACUGGAGUUAUUAUGAAUGUUAAUAUUAUAAAAUAAAUCAGCUCUAUAUCAUUCCAUGUCAACUUUAUUGAUGGAACCGAUGAUGAACACAAAUAAAAAUUGUAUGUUAUUCAAUGUUGUAUGUUGGAUAGAAAUAUAUAUUUAAAAGUA